AUGAGUGAAAUCAACCUGCCAAUCUUCGUCCAGUUGGUGUUCGCGAAGCUGGAUCAGAUAGCCCAGAGGGACCUGAAGCGGCGAUGGCCGAGGGGCCCCCACAAGAAUCCCCGGCCCUCUCACCUAUGGCUGGCCAACAGAGGGACAGACGCGAGCCGCCGCCUGAUUCCACCUCCCACGCCCUUCCCCUCCGAGAGGGUCCGAAUGGGCAGCAACACUGCAGGUAAGGGACACCUACGCCUCUAUCGCCAGCUGCUUAUAGCGGGUCUCCGAGGGGCAGCAUGCCGCCCCACUAAUGUGGCUCAGUGUAAGGAGAAGCUGAGGAAGCCGCUGCCCCCACAGUAUGCCCUGGAGCUGUUCACAGUCUAUGCCUGGAAACAUAGAUUCACUGAGUUUAAUAUAGCCCAGGGCUUUCGGACAGUCUUGGAACUGGUCACCAAGCACAGGGAGCUUCAAAUCUACUGGACAAUGUAUUAUGACUUUCAAGAUCAAGACAUCUCCAACUACCUGCACAGACAGCUCACAAGAGCCAGGCCUGUGAUCCUGGACCCGGCUGACCCAACAAGCAAUGUGGCUGGUUCCAACCCAGCGGGAUGGUGGCUGCUGGCAGAAGAAGCUGUGGCCUGGCUGGAUUACUCAUGUGUUAAGAAUCGUGCUAUGUCCCCAGUGCGCUCCUGGGCUGUGUCGGUGGAUAAGAACUGGAAUUGA